CCCAAGAAAAUAUUCAUGGUUUUAGAGUACUGUCCUGGAGGAGAGCUGUUUGAUUACAUAAUUUCUAAGGACCACCUUUCCGAGGAGGAAGCUCGCAUAUUUUUUCGGCAGAUUGUUUCAGCAAUUGCAUAUGUGCACAGUCAGGGAUAUGCCCACAGAGAUCUCAAACCAGAAAAUUUACUGAUUGAUGAGGAACAUAACCUGAAGCUGAUAGACUUUGGGCUCUGUGCAAAGCCAAAGGGUGGCCUUGAUUACCAUCUGAACACCUGCUGUGGAAGCCUAGCUUAUGCAGCACCAGAGCUGAUUCAGGGCAAAGCAUACAUUGGCUCAGAGGCAGAUAUUUGGAGUAUGGGAGUACUACUGUAUGCUCUGCUGUGUGGCUUUCUCCCCUUUGAUGAUGAUAAUGUCAUGGCUGUCUACAGGAAGAUCAUGAGAGGAAAAUACAGUACUCCAAACUGGCUCUCUCCUAGCAGUACACAGCUCCUUGACCAAAUGCUGCAGGUCAACCCAAAGAAGCGGAUUACAGUCCAACAUCUAUUAAAUCACCCUUGGCUCAUGCAAGGUUUUUCUGAUGCUGUUCAGUGGCAAAGUAAAUACCCACUGGGAGAUCUUGAUGAGGACUGUGUAACAGAGCUUUCUGUCUUUCAUGAGCAGAGCAGGGAGACUAUAUUGCAAUUAAUAAAAGAGUGGAAAUACGACCACAUGUCAGCAACAUACCUCUUGCUUCUAUCCAAGAAGGCUCGUGGCAAGCGUGUUCGUUUAAGGUUUCCAUGUCUAACAGAGCAUGCCAGUACCGUGAUGUCGACAGUCCUUGAGCAUUCAAGGCCUGAUGCCCAACUGGAGGAUACAGAAUUCACACUGUCAACUCCAGUGACAAGAAAAGUGGCAUCAAAGAAGCAUAAAAACAAAGAGAAUGUUGAGACAGUGUCAGCUUUAAGAAACGAAACGCCCUUUGCGCUUCCUGCUCCUAAGACUCCUCUUGCAAAGAGUCAGAUUGAGACACAAGUAGAAGCCGUUCCCUUUCGGGCACCUGCUUUCAAAGAGAGCCAGUACACUGCAGUCACCCCAAUUAAAAAACCUGCUAACCCAACAAAUGCAGAUGAAUUGUCAGCAGCUGAGAUUCUUCCUGAAGGAAGGUGUCAGUCACUGGAAUUAGAUCUCAACCUUGCACAUGUGGAUAGCAGCCAAAAGAAGAGAAAAGCCAAAAUAUUUGGAAGUCUUGAAAGAGGCCUAGAUAAAGUGAUCACAAUGCUUACACCAAGCAAGAAGAAACGAUGCACUAGAGACUGUCCGAGGAAACUUAAGGCACACUGUAACAUUACCACCACUCAUCUGCUGAAUCCAGAUGAACUGUUGAAUGAAAUAAUCAUUGUUCUUUCUAAGAAGCAUGUGGAAUAUGUUCAGAAGGGUUAUACCCUGAAAUGUCAAACACGGUCAGAUUUUGGUAAAGUAACUAUGGAGUUUGAGUUAGAAGUAUGUCAGCUCACUAAGCCUGAAGCAGUGGGUAUCCGGCGACAACGGCUUAAAGGUGAUGCCUGGGUCUACAAGAGGCUGAUAGAAGACAUCUUAUCUAGCUGCCAAGUGUGA